GGGGAGAAAGAACAGACCAAAAAAAAAAAAAAAUGAGAGAAUUUGCUGACUUUGACAUUUUGACGCCUCCCGUUUUUCUAAUCUGGGCUAUUUUCAUUUUUGUUUUUUUACAGUGAGAUUUUUUUGAUCUUCAGCUACAGACCUCUGUGCUCCAGCGGCGCACGCGAGCCAUGGCCAGCAACGUCACCAACAAGACGGACCCCCGCUCCCUGAACUCGCGCGUCUUCAUCGGCAACCUCAACACGCUGGUGGUGAAGAAGUCCGACGUGGAGGUCAUUUUCUCCAAGUACGGCAAGAUUGUCGGCUGCUCCGUGCACAAGGGCUUUGCCUUCGUGCAGUAUGUGAACGAGCGCAAUGCUCGCGCUGCCGUGGCCGGGGAAGACGGACGGAUGAUUGCGGGCCAGGUCCUAGAUAUUAACCUGGCUGCCGAGCCGAAGUUGAACCGGGGCAAAGCCGGGGUGAAGAGAUCGGCCACAGAGAUGUACGGGUCAGUAGCAGCACCACCUUCUCCGUCCCCUCUAGUCAGGUCCUCUUUUGACCUGGAUUACGACUUCCAGCGUGAAUACUACGACAGGAUGUACAGUUAUCAGGCCCGGGUUCCACCUCCACCUCCCAUUGCCAGGGCCGUGGUACCCUCCAAACGCCAGCGGGUCUCCGGCAACACCUCCCGCAGGGGCAAGAGCGGCUUCAACUCUAAGAGCGGACAGCGGGGAUCUUCCUCCAAGUCUGGAAAGUUGAAAGGAGACGACCUGCAGACCAUUAAGAAGGAGCUGACUCAGAUCAAGCAGAAAGUGGAUUCCCUGCUGGAGAGCCUGGAGAAGAUCGAGAAGGAUCAAAAGCUGAAAAAUGAUAAGUCGGAGGAGGAGCAGAGCAGCCUCUCGGCAAAGAAAGAAGAGAGCAACGUCAAGAUGGAGUCAGAGGCCGGAGUGGAUGACUCGGCCGAGGAAGGGGACCUGCUGGACGACGACGACAACGAAGACCGGGGGGAUGACCAGCUGGAGUCCAUCAAGGGGGACGACAAGGAGCCGGAAGAAGGGGAAGAUGACAGAGACAGCGCCAAUGGCGAAGACGACUCCUAAGGGCCCAGCACAUUGCUCCUCCUCCUCCUGCCCCCC